GCUGCAGAAAUCUGUAAUAUUUUCAUUGCCAGCGUGAGUCCUAGCGAAAUAGAAGUGCCAAUCUUAUCCCGAUUUUAGACUCCAUAGACUGUUGCACUGAAAUGACUGGAUUAAGGACAAUAUUUCAAGAAAUGCCAGAAAGGGCGUGAGAGGGAGACGUCUGCAGUAACAUCACAUAUGAGCUUCAAAUAGCAAAUGUCUUCAUUCAGUAUCUAGUCCAUUAUUAAUUUGUAAGAGUGAUUAUUGCAUGCCUGUAACAGACAUUCGCUGUCCCUGUUGCUGCUGCAUGAUUUUGCUUUUUUUUGUACAUUCCAAGGCACUAGUUUGGACUGCAAAUCUUUCGGAAAUCACUGCAUUUGGAUACCACGAAGCGCAUGGAAGGAUUGUAUUGUCUUGUCGUGUGAACUUCAGUCAAUUUUAUGGAUUAUCAGGAAUGAUCGGGAGAAAUGUUGAGCAUUUAUUUUGGCCGAAGAAUUCCGAAAGGAACCUUGGGGAAGGUUUCAUUGUUGUAAUAUACAAUUAUUGAACAGCACCCUGUUGGAUAUUUGAUACGGAUGAAAACUCGUAGCUGGGACAACACCGUGCGUUGUGAUGCUUCUUAUCUAUGCUCUCUCUGAUGUCAAUUUUGAUUUCUACAGUGAGAUCUGCGCGUUUUUAGAAUGGCUCGCUUCGAAGAAGAUCUACGAUAUGGAGGUGGCAGUCCAGCGAGUAGUGGAAGGGGGGCAAGCCGGCAGGGAGGCCCCCCAGCCGGCCCGAGGGUGUACAAGCAGUCAAUCGCCCAAAGAGCCAGGACAAUGGCCAUAUAUAACCCAAUCCCUGUCAAACAAAACUGUCUCACUGUCAACCGGUCCCUUUUCAUCUUCAGCGAAGAUAACAUCAUACGGAAAUAUGCAAAGAAAAUAACCGAAUGGCCUCCAUUUGAGUACAUGAUUCUAGCCACCAUCAUCGCCAACUGCAUUGUCCUGGCCUUAGAGCAGCAUUUACCAGCGAGUGACAAGACCCCUAUGUCAGAACGUCUGGAUGACACAGAACCAUACUUUAUUGGAAUAUUUUGUUUUGAGGCUGGCAUUAAGAUCAUCGCUCUCGGGUUUGCAUUUCACAAAGGCUCCUACCUCCGAAACGGAUGGAAUGUAAUGGAUUUUGUUGUCGUGCUAACAGGGAUUCUUGCCACUGUGGGUGCAGACUUUGAUUUGCGGACACUCAGAGCAGUACGUGUGCUUCGACCGCUCAAGCUUGUGUCUGGAAUUCCAAGUCUUCAGGUGGUUCUGAAAUCUAUCAUGAAAGCCAUGGUGCCUCUUCUACAGAUCGGGCUUCUUCUGUUUUUCGCCAUCCUCAUGUUCGCCAUCAUCGGUCUGGACUUCUACAUGGGGAAGUUCCACCGCACAUGCUUCAGGAUCGAUACAGGAGAGCAAGCAGCAGAUUUCCCCUGUGGAACCGAACUUCCUGCUCGGACCUGUGGAAAUGGCACCGUGUGUCAGGAAUACUGGCUCGGUCCGAACUUUGGCAUCACCAACUUUGACAACAUCCUGUUCGCUAUUCUCACUGUCUUCCAGUGCAUCACCAUGGAGGGUUGGGUGGAUAUCUUAUAUAAUGCCAAUGAUGCCUCAGGGAACACCUGGAACUGGCUCUACUUCAUCCCCCUCAUCAUCAUCGGCUCCUUCUUCAUGCUCAACCUGGUUCUGGGCGUACUGUCGGGGGAGUUUGCCAAGGAGCGUGAGCGGGUGGAGAAGCGUCAGGAGUUCCUGAAGCUGCGCCGGCAGCAGCAGAUUGAGCGCGAGCUCACCGGCUACCUGGAGUGGAUUUGCAAGGCAGAGGAAGUCAUGUUGGCCGAAGAGGACAAACAUGCAGAGGAGAAAUCUCUAGAUGGGGCCUGGUACAAGAGAAAGCACCCAAGCAACUCAGUCCUAAAAAGAGUCAAAAAGAGCAAGAAUGACCUGAUCAAUGCUGAGGAAGGGGAGGACCACUUCACGGACAUCUCCUCAGUUGCACCCCAAGGAUCCCCGUUCGCCCGGGCCAGCGUGAAGAGCAGCAAGAAUGAGAGCUCGUCUUAUUUCCGUCGGAAAGAGAAGAGGGUCCGCUUCUUCAUCCGACGCAUGGUCAAGUCCCAAGGCUUCUACUGGACAGUCCUGUGUCUGGUCGGGCUCAACACACUGUGUGUGGCCAUAGUGCACUACGACCAGCCUGACUGGCUCACCUAUGCUUUAUAUUUGGCAGAGUUUGUGUUCCUGGGCCUGUUUCUGACAGAGAUGAGCCUGAAGAUGUAUGGACUGGGGCCCAGAACCUAUUUCCAUUCCUCAUUUAACUGCUUUGAUUUUGCUGUUAUUAUCGGUAGCAUUUUUGAGGUGGUCUGGGCCGCUGUGAAACCCGGAGCCUCGUCGUUUGGCAUCAGCGUUCUUCGAGCUCUCCGCCUGCUCAGGAUAUUCAAGGUUACCAAGUACUGGAAUUCUUUGCGGAAUCUAGUGGUGUCUCUGCUGAACUCCAUGAAGUCCAUCAUCAGUCUGCUCUUCCUGCUCUUCCUCUUCAUUGUUGUGUUCGCUCUCCUGGGCAUGCAGCUCUUCGGUGGACAGUUUAAUUUCGAAGAAGAGACUCCCACAACCAAUUUUGAUACAUUUCCAGCUGCCAUUCUUACUGUGUUCCAGAUUUUGACAGGAGAGGACUGGAAUGCAGUGAUGUAUCAUGGGAUAGAGUCCCAGGGCGGGGUCCGCCGGGGGAUGUUUUCCUCCGUGUAUUUCAUCAUUCUGACUCUCUUUGGGAACUAUACCCUCCUCAAUGUCUUCUUGGCUAUUGCAGUUGACAACCUUGCAAAUGCACAAGAACUCACAAAGGAUGAGGAGGAGCAGGAGGAGGCCAUCACUAAGAAGCUGGCCCUUCAGAAAGCCAAAGAGGUCAAAGAGGUCAGCCCCAUGUCAGCGGCCAAUAUCUCCAUCACAGCUAUUGUAAAGCAAUAUCGAAGUACACUUUCUCGCAGCCCGUCUGUCUCCAGCAUUCAUUCACCGAGUUAUGUCAGCUCUCCCGCCCAUCACUACUUGAGCAGGGAGCAGCAGAGGUCCCAGAAGUUGAUGUCUGUGUGGGAGCAGCGCACCACGCAGAUGCGGCGCAACAACCUGCGCCCCAGCAGCGAGGCGCUCUACAGCGAGCUGGACCCCGAGGAGCGCCAGCGUAUGUCUUCCGCCCUGCACAUACGGCCCGAUAUGAAGACCCACCUGGACCGUCCGUUGGUGGUAGAGCACGGUGACGGCCCCAUAGGGGGGCCACACAACCACCACCACCACCACCACCACCACCACAACCACCACUGGGACAAGGGUCAGGGCGAGGGGGAUGCCGCAGGAGGGACGGAGUCCGGGCAGCCGUCGCGGAAACAUCACCGGCGAAAGGAUGCCAACGAGAACGGGGAGACGGGCGGCGGCAGCACCAGGGAGGGAGGGCGGCAUCACGUCCACCACAGCCGCAGCAAGGACCACGAGGGCUCGCGCUGCCGGGAGGGGAAAGGCGACCGCAGCCGGAGCCGCGAGGGGGGGCGCCGCCACCACCACCCGAGGUCUGUGGACGAGGGCGGAGGAGGAGGUGGGGGUGAAGGAGGAGGAGGAGGAGGAGGUACUGGAGAGAGGGAGCGCCACCACCACCACCAUCGACAGCAGUCCACUGAGGGCAACGGGGUGGUCAGCAGCGGGGGCAAGAGCUUACCGCGCUCGCGGCACAUGGACGGCUCGCGCUCGGGGAACCGCGACGGCGACCGGUGCUCGCGGGGAGAGAACGGAGCCAAUGGGGAGAGGAGCAGGCGCAGGCCCCGCAGCGGCAAAUCACAGGCCACCGCUGACGGAGAGGAGGGCAGAGAGAGAGGCGAGAGGGAGGGCGGCAGGACCCACAGGCACAGGCACACAGAUGUGGAGGCGAGCCAGCCGAGCGGCCACAUCCCCGUCACCAUCACCUCACCACCAGGGGAGACCACCCUCAUACCAAUGAACAGUAUAGACAGUGAGACCAUGCCAAUGACAGAGGAGAAGAGGAACCUGGACGAUCUGAACCUGAUCAACACCCGACCCAUCCUGCCCUACAGCUCCAUGUUUGUGUUCGGCCAGACCAACCCAGUAAGGCGACUGUGCCAUUACAUGGUGAGUCUACGCUACUUUGAGAUGUGCAUCCUGGUUGUAAUCGCCAUGAGUAGCAUAGCCCUCGCUGCUGAAGACCCUGUCCAGGUCAAUGCCAGCCGCAACAAUGUGCUGAAGUAUUUGGAUUAUGUCUUUACGGGAGUUUUCACUUUUGAGAUGGUGAUUAAGAUGGUCGAUCUUGGAUUGAUACUUCACCCCGGCUCUUACUUCCGGGAUCUAUGGAACAUUCUGGACUUCAUUGUGGUCAGUGGAGCACUGGUUGCAUUUGCCUUCACGAGCAUCAUGGGACCGCACCAAAGCGUGACCAGAGGCACCAAAGGAAAGGAUAUCAGCACCAUUAAAUCACUGAGGGUGUUGCGAGUGUUACGGCCCCUCAAGACCAUCAAGCGCCUGCCGAAGCUCAAGGCCGUGUUCGACUGUGUGGUGAACUCCCUCAAGAACGUGCUCAACAUUCUCAUAGUCUACAUCCUCUUCAUGUUCAUCUUCGCCGUCAUCGCCGUGCAACUCUUCAAGGGAAAGUUCUUCUUCUGCACGGACGAGUCUAAAGGCCUGGAGAAGGACUGCAGGGGCCAGUUUUUGGACUAUGAUAAGGACGAGGUGUCUGCCCAGCCUAGGGAGUGGAGGAAGUACGAGUUUCACUAUGACAACGUCCUCUGGGCUUUCCUCACACUCUUCACAGUCUCCACUGGAGAGGGCUGGCCCACGGUCUUGAAGCACUCGGUGGACGCCACAUUUGAGGACCAGGGCCCUAGUCCAGGCUACCGGAUUGAGAUGUCCAUCUUUUACGUGGUCUACUUUGUUGUCUUCCCCUUUUUCUUCGUCAACAUCUUUGUGGCCUUGAUCAUCAUCACCUUCCAGGAACAGGGUGACAAAGCUAUGUCAGAGUGCAGUUUGGAGAAAAAUGAGAGGGCUUGUAUUGACUUUGCCAUCAACGCAAAACCGCUGACACGCUACAUGCCCCAGAACCAGCAUUCCUUUCAGUAUAACAUGUGGAAGUUUGUGGUUUCUCCGCCCUUCGAGUACUCAAUCAUGAUCAUGAUCGCUCUCAACACUGUGGUUCUCAUGAUGAAGUUUCAUGGAGCGCCAGACUUUUACGAGGCCAUGCUCAAGUACUUGAACAUCGUCUUUACUGCCCUCUUCUCACUGGAAUGUGUCCUCAAGAUCAUUGCCUUUGGUCCUUUGAAUUACCUGAAGGAUCCCUGGAAUGUCUUUGACUUUGUGACCGUACUGGGGAGCAUCACGGACAUCCUGGUCACCGAGAUCAAUACCACGGACCGUCUGUUGAACCUGAGCUUCCUGAGGCUCUUCCGGGCGGCACGUCUCAUUAAGUUACUCCGGCAGGGUUACACCAUCCGCAUCCUCCUCUGGACCUUUGUGCAGUCCUUUAAGGCGCUGCCUUAUGUUUGCCUUCUGAUCGCCAUGCUGUUCUUCAUCUAUGCCAUCAUUGGAAUGCAGGUUUUUGGGAACAUUGAGCUCAAUGAGGACACUGCUAUCAAUCACCAUAACAACUUUCGCACCUUCCUGCAGGCUCUGAUGCUCCUCUUCAGGAGUGCCACAGGAGAAGCCUGGCAUGAAAUCAUGCUGUCCUGUUUGAGUCACCGCACCUGUGAUGUGAGGUCAGGUGUGUCCGGCAAGGAGUGCGGCAGCGACUUCGCCUACUUCUACUUCGUGUCCUUCAUCUUCCUCUGUUCUUUCUUGAUGCUGAAUUUAUUUGUAGCAGUUAUCAUGGAUAACUUUGAGUACCUCACCAGAGACUCCUCCAUCCUGGGGCCCCAUCACCUUGAUGAGUUCAUUCGGGUUUGGGCUGAGUACGACCCGGCUGCCUGCGGCCGUAUCAAGUACCGCGAUAUGUAUGAGAUGCUGCUCCACAUGUCCCCACCCCUAGGUUUGGGGAAGAAAUGCCCACCGAGAAUCGCCUACAAGCGCCUGGUGAAGAUGAACAUGCCCAUAGCGGACGACAACACCGUCCACUUCACCUCCACCCUCAUGGCUCUCAUACGCACCGCCCUCGAGAUUAAACUGGCGUCAGGGAUGGUCGCCCAGCGGUUAAGUGACGCUGAGCUGAAGAAGGAGCUGGCAACAGUAUGGCCUAACCUGUCACAGAAAACCAUGGACCUUCUGGUGACGCCACACAAACCCAAUGAACUGACGGUGGGGAAGGUGUACGCCGCAUUAAUGAUCUUUGACUACUACAAGCAGAACCGGGCUCAGCGGCUUCAGAAGCAGAAGGAACAGGCUGCCGCUACCACCUCUGGUGGCAGCACCGCCAAUCAGGGCAAUAUGGGCGCACUCCUCAAACCAACACUGCCCCUCACUUACAUGCAGGACGUGGAUGUGAACAGCGUUGACUGUCCCUCCGACGCCCAAGCACACACCAGGCCCAGCUCCACGGCACUCAACAACGGCCGAACGCAGCAAAGCCAUGAUGGCAACAUUCGAGGGUCCUCUUCAUGGGCCUCGGAGAAGCCACGAGAGGUCCAGAGGCCCAGUAAACGGAUCAUCCGGGGACCAUCGGAUGAUACGGCAGAUCCAACCACUGCCAAGGAGUCAGUAGAGUUGAGAAAGAUGGAACACAGUGCCAACAGCGGAGCCUCGUCUUGUCUGGAGAGCCAGGGGAGGGCUGUGUCCAUGCCAAAACUCAGCGCUGAGAUGCAGAGGAGCCACUCCAGACACUCCCCAGGGACGAUGCUUGCUCCAAUUCCUGACUCCAGUCCCAUGAAGCGCUCGGCGUCCACCGUUGCACCACAGCGCCCCCAGGAGGUCAACCUGCGAGACUACACCUUGGAGAGGCCCGCUCAGGAGCGGCCUCAUCACCAUCAUCACCACCACCGCUGCCACCACCGCAGGGACCGUGAGAAGAAGCAGAGGUCACUGGACAGGUCCCCAAAUGGACAGCCUCCCAGUAAUCUGGGCACCACAGGCGAGCCUCCAGGGGACCCCUCGACCCGCGAGCGGGCGCACGACCGGGGCCGCUCGCACGAGAGGAAGCACCACUCGUCCUCCGGCGACAAGCAGCGCUACUACUCCUGCGACCGCUACAACAGCAGGGAGCACUGUGCCGGCGCCGGCGCCACCGCCACCAAGUCCACCACUGCCAGCUGUGCCACCUCCCCCAGCGAGGCCCAUGAGCCCGGCCUCAACAAGCAGGGCAGUGGUUGGGUUAAGGGGAGCCCGGUGAUGUCCACCUCGGGGGCUAGCACCCCCAGUCGCGGCCGCAGGCAGCUGCCCCAGACUCCCCUGACCCCUCGUCCCGGAGUGGCCUACAGGACUGCCAACUCCUCCCCCGUGUUCUUUGUGGUGGGCGCUCAGGCCGGGGCGCCCGCCAGCCCCUGCCGGCUGAGCCGCGGGCAGUCCGAGCACAACGCCCUCCUGCACAGCGGCCGCGAAUCGCCGUCGUCCACCCCCUUUGUGCGCAUCAGCUCGGAGCCGUUCCUGUGCCCGGCCGAGUUGUACGGUUCGCCAGCAGCAGCAGCACUUCCUCCUCCUCCUCCUCCUCCUCCUCCUCAGCAGCAGCAGCUGCAGCCGCAGCCCUGCAGCUUCCGGGACGAGGUGGCCGCUUUCCAGGAGUUGGUGUUGGGCACGCGCGCCAUCGCCGUGGUGGGACACCCCCCUCCCCACCACACAGGGCCCCUCCCUCCUCCACUGCCGCCCCAGCUGUUCCGCGGGGUGCCCAAUGGGUACCACUUGAACAUGGGUGUCCCUGGCGGCGGCCAGAUCCCCGAGGGCAGGGUGCCCCGGUACUACCUGGAGGCAGGGGAGGACGAAUGGUGCUAGCAUGGCUUUACCACAUAACGGAGUGUUGCAGAGGUAUUUGUUGAGGAAAUUCGAUGAGUUUUAUCAUCUUGCUCAAAGGGGUAGUAGUUUACACUGUUGUUACUUGUUGUUGUUGUUGUUGUGUGUGUGUGUGUGUGUAUGCAUCUGCUUUCAACUGAGUUUGCUGAGGGGAUUCAGACAAAGGCCACCAAAGCAGAAUAUUUAAAGAUGACCUGAAAAAAGUCAGUUAUUUGUGACGACUUGAGUUGACCUGAAAAUGAUUUUUAAUAUUUUGUUUGAAACAAGCAUACAGUCUAGCACAUGAACAAUUUGCCUGGAAAGGUUUAUGUCACAAAACGGUGGAAUCUCUAGGUUGUGUUGUAACACAAUGGUCUCUCCUCCUCCUCGUUCUUGACUUUGUGUGAGAGCUGGCACUGUGGAGGCUUCUCUCCUGAAGAGUGGGUAGAUAAGCAGUAGCCCAUGGCACUGCAUGGAGCAGAGUAGAACAGUACAAGCACUUCAGCACACAGUUCUGCCAUUUCAAGAAGUGUUACGUCCACUGACCUGAGAACGGUAGUGUUUUCAGGGUGGACCAUUAGACAGGGUGACAAAAAAAAUCACUGCUACGAGUUGCGAGGAGAUGAACGUUAGAGAAAAUGCACAACAGGUGUGUUCUGUACUCAACUCUUUUCUGAGAUUUUACCAUGCCUGUGUGGAAGUUAUAUUCUCUAUGGCAGAUACACAUAUGUUACAACACAACCAGGUUUAUUUUUUAAUGGAAAGGGACAAUGGUUGUUUUUGUUUGUUUUUGCUUGUUUGUUUUUGCUGCUGUUGACCAUUCCUUGCACAAAUGUGUGAAAAUGGAGAGAGAAAUGGAUUAUACAUUUUGUUUCCUUUUUUGUAUCAUACUGUUGUGUAUAUUUUACCUAGUCAUUGUGCUUUUUGUAUAUUGUAAAAACAAAUGUGUUUUAUGUAAAUUGCUUACAGUUCACCAUUUGUCAGGUCAAAUUUUUCUUAAAGACUGCUUCAGAUAUUAUUACGAAGUGCCUAACCUUUUAAAUAUAUUGUAGUAACGAUGCAAAUUUGUUUUAUAGUGCAUCAACACUUGAUUGAGGGAGCUGGACAAGGCAAAAAUAGAAGUACAAGUUGAUGUAGCAGAAGGCCUUAUUUGGCAGCAUAAAUGGCACUGUAUGUUUGGGAAUGGGGAAUGUUUUCGAAUGGAAAUGACCGUAUGAUUGCUUUUUUGGGGCUGAGUUUUUUUUUCCUAACCUUUAGUACAGCUGAUCGGUGGGGAAAUGUGUAGCUCAGAAACAUCUGAUAAUACUGCAGUAGUUCUAUAUUAGUCCACAUGGGACUACAUAGCCAGAGUUACACACUUUGCAUGUUUAAAUCUUGAACUUGGUUGAAAGGGGUUGUGAACAAUAUAGUGAAGGUGUACCUUUCUUCUUUUCUGGUAAGUCAGGACUCUAUUGAGGAAGCAUUGCUAGCUAUUGCCUUCAAUUUCUAUGUUAUGUUAGCAGAACACAAAAGAGAGCAUGGAAUUUUGCAGAGGUAAGAAGAGGAAAGACAGUGUGUGUUUGCCAACACUGUGCAGUGCUGUAAGACAGAGAUACAGACCCAUGAUGAAAGUAUGUGAGAAGUCAAGGACCUGGCAACAGUACAGUGGAUCCCUCUGUGGUAUUCCCACCCCCUGCUCUCCAACACACACACACACACACACACACACACACACACACACACUCUCUUUCACUCGCUUUGAAUAACACCUGUAAGAAAAGAUGAUCAAUCGGCCAUUUUACCCACUGACUAGUGAUAUGUACAUGUAGCAAUGAUCAGAGCUCAAUGCUGAAUUCCCACAACACUCUGGUAAUUCUGAAUGUUUUGCGGUGGGUGGUUGAACCGCAUACGAAUUGGCUGGUGAACAGUGUUAUUAUGACCAUUGAUAAUUAUUAUGCUUGACCUGUCACCACCCGUAUAUCACUGCAUUGACUUGAUCCCACUCACCUGGAGCAGGUAAAUGUACCUGAACCAGUAGGCCAGAUGUCAUCUGCUUGUUUGCAAGCCACAGCAUGUUGGAGACACUGGGGGAGAGGGAGGGGGAUAUCUGGGGUCAGAUGAUUCCUUGACCACAAACUCAUCUGCGGUUCUGUAUGUUUCCAGGGUUGUUGUAGAAUCUUGUUCAAGUAGGGCUAUGCAACAAGAAGACACUUUGAAAAAAUACUUUAUCCAUUCUGUAGCUUUACCUGCUGGGCUAUCUAGAUCCAGGCUUCAGCAUGAUUGUGACCAAAUGUUUUCUAUAAAAAAAACUGUAAAAUGAUGAAAAAAUAUAUUUUAAAAAAUGUAUAACGGCACAAUGACUUAAAAGGCGGAUCCUUAGAAUAUGUUUAAACAAUGAGUCAAACAGCAAGUUUAUAUAUUUGCAUGCAUCAGGUUUACCCAUUUUGUCGAAGGAAAACAGGUUUAAAAGAAACAAAAACAGUGCAGGUUAUUUUUGUAUGUGGCCUGACUGAUCAGUUACCAAGGGGUACUUGGCUAAAAGAAUGUGCAUACAAUAACAUCCUCAGAUUUAUUAUGACUGAUUUGAAGUAGAGCAUAUUCUUUACAUUCAGCAUUCAUUACAUAGUUUCCCUAUAAAAUGUCCUCAGAGCUGGUCCACUCUAAUGAAUUUGUUUUGUAUGCCUUUACACUCAUCCUAGUCUUUUUAAUGUCACAGUGCAUUCCUAUGUGGCGGAACAUACUGUACACAUCUGCAUUCUGCACCCACUCUCUAAGUUGACCUAAUCUGAAAUCUCACAAAUUCUCUCUGCACACUUCUUCCAGUUAAAUGUGGCGUUUCCUCUUUAAAAAAAAAAGUAAUGUUUGCAUGGUCUGAAAAAAAAAAUGUAUGUGCACGUUUACAUACACAUUGUUUAUCUUCGUACAUUUUGAUACAGUGUAUUAUUUUGUUUAUUUUUAAAUUACCUUUGAUAUAAAUUAUGGGGUUGAAAAAAAUAAAUAAAAAAACUUUAUAUCGAUAUGUAUUGAAAAAAAUGUGGUCAGUUCCUUCCAUGUAACAAAGUUGGAACAUACCUUAUUUGGGUUCUGCAACUGAUCGUUUGUUGCCUGAUUUAUGUUCAAUGGCCAGACUUUAAAUUCUGCUGUUGUUUCUACUUAAACAUUUUGUAUGAAGUCCUUGAAAUUGAAAAUAACUAAAA